AUGGCUGGAGGAAAGAGAAUUAUCAGUAAGGCUAUUGUUGAAUCAUCUGUUACUCGACGUGAAACUGACCCAUCUGAAGAACAGCCUCAGCCUCUUGCUAUUGUUGCACCAAUUGUGUCCUCUUAUAAUGAGAGGAUACGUCCAGUUCUUGAUGCUAUGGAAAAUCUCAGGCGCCUUAACAUUUCAAAGGAGGGAAUUCAGCUUCCUUCCAUUGUUGUUGUUGGUGAUCAAUCUUCUGGGAAAUCAAGUGUUCUUGAAUCUCUUGCUGGUAUCAACUUGCCACGUGGCCAAGGCAUUUGCACUAGGGUGCCCUUGGUCAUGAGGCUCCAAAACCACCCUUUUCCAACCCCAGAGCUUAUGUUGGAGUUCAAUGGAAAAAUCGUCUCCACUGAUGAAGCAAACGUUUCUCAUGCCAUAAAUGCUGCCACAGAAGAGCUUGCAGGCCAUGGUAAAGGGAUUUCCAACAACCCUUUGACUUUGCUGGUGAAGAAGAAUGGUGUUCCUGAUCUCACAAUGGUUGAUCUUCCUGGUAUAACUCGGGUUCCAGUUCAUGGUCAACCUGAGAACAUUUAUGACCAGAUUAAAGACAUGAUCAUGGAGUACAUUAAGCCAGAAGAAAGUAUUAUCUUGAAUGUUCUUUCUGCUAGUGUUGAUUUCACUACAUGUGAGUCUAUUAGAAUGUCUCAGAGUGUUGACAAAACUGGCCUCAGGACACUGGCUGUGGUCACAAAGGCAGACAAGUCUCCUGAGGGCUUGUUAGAAAAAGUUACUGCUGAUGAUGUGAACAUAGGUCUUGGUUAUGUUUGUGUGAGAAACCGCAUUGGUGAUGAGUCUUAUGAGGAUGCUAGAGUGGAAGAACAGAUGCUGUUUGAGUCCCAUCCACUUCUUUCCAAAAUAGACAAGUCUAUGGUGGGUGUUCCAGUUUUAGCACAGAAACUGGUUCAGAUUCAGGCAAUCAGCAUAUCUAAAACUUUGCCAGAAAUAGUUAAAAAGAUCAAUGAGAAGCUAGCUAACAAUUUGUCUGAGUUGGAAAAGUUGCCAACAAACUUGGCUUCAGUAGCUGAUGCCAUGACAGCUUUUAUGCAUAUUAUCGGAUUGACUAAGGAAUCUCUUAGAAGAAUUCUUCUUAGAGGAGAAUUUGAUGAGUAUAUGGAAGACAAAAACAUGCAUUGUACUGCCCGGUUGGUGGAGAUGCUUGAUUCCUUCACAAAUGAUCUUUACACUUGUGCUGAAAGUGAUGCAAGCAAGAAUUUUCUUAUGCAAGAGAUAAAGGUGCUGGAGGAGGCAAAGUGGAUUGGUCUUCCAAAUUUCAUGCCUCGCACUGCUUUUCUUUCUAUAUUGCAAGGGAAGGUGAAUGGGAUUGCCAACAAGCCUAUAGGUUUUGUUGAAAAUGUGUGGAACUAUCUGGAAAAUGUGCUGAUUUCAGUUAUCACGCGUCACUCUGAAAACUACUACCAGCUUUUGAUGUCUACCAGGCGUGCAAGUGAGGUUCUUAUUUCUAAGAAGAAGAUAAGUUCCACAAAACAUGUAAGAGAGGCCAUCCAAAUGGAGAUGCAUACUGAUUACACUUGUAAUCCUGAGUUUGUGAAGGAAUACAACAAGUUAAUAUCUCAGCAAGAUGCUUUUCUGAAUGAUGUUUUGAACAAUGAGGAUAAUCCAUCACAUGUGAAUCUUGAAGGUGUGGGCAACAUUGAAGUUGGUCAUUUGAGGCAAUACCCAUCGUCUGUGCUUGCUCAAGCAUUUGAUUUGAAGGUUAGGAUGAUUUCGUACUGGAAGAUAGUGCAGAGACGAUUGAUUGACACAAUUGCCUUACAUCUUAUGCUUAGUAUUAACAAUCUUGUUAACGAGGAUUUGGAGAAGGAGAUUGUUCAGGAUCUGUUAUCCCCUAGUAGUGGUGGGUUAGAGAGGUUGUUGGAGGAGUCACCUUCAAUUUCUGGGAAGCGUGAAAAGCUGCAGAGGAGUCUCAAAGUCCUAAGGGAGAGCAAGGAAACUGUUGCUCACAUAAUUGACCGAAUUGCAACCCAUUGAAGGUGUUCGUGAAUGUUACCUAUUCUCUAUAUUAUCCCGAGC